AUGAAUCAGAAAGUUUUGCCGGACAUUUCGAAGCCAAAAUGGGAUCAGAGCACCUAUAUCGGUCGAGCCAAACAUUUUUUCGCGUCCGGCAAUCCGCUAACGAUUUUCACGUCCGCUGCCGAACAGGAGAAAUGUCGAGAGAUUGUGCAGAACUACAAACGCGGCAUAUUCAGCCCAACGCUAACCGUUGACCAACUAUGGAAGGCCAAAGUGCUUUAUGACGCCACCUAUCAUCCAGACACCGGCGAGAAGAUGUUCUUUCUGGGACGAAUGAGCUUCCAGAUGCCUGGCAACAUGAUCAUCACCGGCAUGCUCCUCUCGCUCUAUCGAACAUUCCCCGGCGUCGUCUUCUCGCAUUGGAUCAAUCAGUCCUUCAACGCCGUCGUCAAUUACACGAAUCGCAGUGGGAAUAGCAAGUUGACGAAUGAACGCCUAUUCGCCUCGUAUUGUUGCGCGACAGGCGGCGCGAUGACGGCGGCGUUGAGUUUGAAUCGUCUGAUCAAGAACAAUCAAGGCAUCGCGGCGCGUCUCGUCCCAUUCGCCGCGAUCGCCAUGGCGAACGCCAUCAAUAUUCCGAUGAUGAGAAGCAACGAACUCGUCGACGGCAUCGAAUUGAGCGAUGAGAAUGGCGAGCUCGUCGGCAGGUCCCGCCAAAUGGCGAUGCUUUCAAUCGCUCAGGUCACCCUCAGUCGAAUCGCCAUGGCGACACCAUAUAUGGUUCUAACGCCGAUCAUCAUGAAUCGAAUCACUCGGACCAUGUACUACAAGACGCGACCCUUCAUGAAGUACUCGGAGAUACCGAUUCAGACGCUUCUCGCCGGCAUCGGCUUGUACUUCACGACGCCGCUCUGCUGCGCGCUGUUCCCCCAACGGAGUCGUGUCGACGUGGCGAAAUUGGAGCAAUCCGUUCAGGACCACAUCAACUCGCGUCCGAAUCCGCCGAAAGCGGUUUAUUACAACAAGGGAUUGUAG